AAAUCCUCUUUUGUACAUUUCCCUACUGCCUAUCCCAUAUUCCGAAUUCUUACUACCCACAAAAAAUUCCAGAAUAUGUUUAAAACAAGUACUAGUACAAACAAGGCAAGGCAAGGCACUACUGAUCAUUCUCCCAAGUGUUUUUGGAAUUCUUCUAAUCAUCUCCAUUCAUCCCACCUCCUUCCAUUACCUACAAAACGUUAGUCAAGAUUUUAAACUAAUUAUCAUGUCCAAAGAAAUCCAGUUCUCUGCCCCUUCUGCCAUCUCCCCCUGGCAUCUUCUGUUCGUCAAUGUGUCACAGUCACUAUAUAAGUAUUCGCUCUCCAAUCGCUCCUCGCAGCAGAAUCAAUCAGUCAUCAAACAAUUUCUAAUCCACAUUUCUAUGUUCAGUUAGCCUUCUGGGUUUCCUCCAUUUUCGGUUUAGUUUCCUGGGAGAGGAGAUAAUAUGGCACGGCUGCGCCUAAUUGAGCACGGGUUGAUGACGGUUGCGGGUCACGGGUUCGGGUCCUGGCCGUCCACGCCGGUAUCCAUCGGGUUGUUCGUGGCGGUUGUGGCUCUGGUGGCAUUGUGCGCCCACCAGCCGGCUAAAGAGAAGCCGAAUUCGAAUUCAACGACGGACAGAACAAAUUCGAAGAAGCUAAUGAACAGGACAAUCAGCCGGAACAAGAUCAAUCCGUCGGCGACCCAGAAGAAGAGAGGCGGGGACGAUCACGCCCACGAGAUUAGGGUCGACGUCAGUGCUCAGGUGCCCCUUCCUUCCUCGACUCCCCCGCCGCCGCCGCCGCAGCCCGCGGCGGAGAAGAGGAGGGAGAAGAUCUCGCCGCCGGGGGCGCCGCAUCGGAAGAACAGCAAGGACUUGAGCGCGAGCAGCAGGAGGAGGGACGGCAGCGACGGAGGCGGCGGAGGAGGGUGUGAGAAGAAGGGGAAGAUCGGGGCGAAGGUGGCGACGGGAGGGUUCGGGGAAGGCGGGUUGUGGCAGAAAUCGAUUUUAAGAGGGGAGAAGUGUCAGCUGCCGGAGUUCUCCGGCGUCAUAUUUUACGACAGCCGAGGGAAUCAGAUCCAGGUUGCGGAAUAAACGAAACGCAGCGUUUUCGGGGGAGCCUUUGUUUGUCGGAGGGCGGAUUCAGUAGUGAUUUGGGUUUUGGGAAAUCCCUUUCUACCGGCGCCGCGGCGGGUGGCCUUGAACUUGAAAUUUUGCGGUGGAUUUCCAAAUUCUCUCUUUUCAUAUGUAAUCAACCUGUGCCUGAGUUUUUUUUUAUGGGCUUUUUUUCUUUCCUAUAGUAGUUCCUGGUUUCUUGAUUUUGGUUUCUCAGUAAGAAGUGGGACUGGAAAGAAGAGCUGCUUUCUUUUUCUACUUCCGUUGUGUAGUAUAAUAUCAGGGCGAACCAGCUGCAAAAUAAUAAAAGAAAAAGCACCAGACAGAAUAUAAAGAAAACAAAAGG